AUGGAAUCACCACCCUCCGUGCUUUUGGGUGGAUACCUGAACCAAGUCUCUCGAAACAAGGAUCUCCUGAAUUCCUCACAGCGCCCGAGCUAUCUGCUUGCCAUGGCACAGCAAUGGCUACUUCUAGUCAUGAACAUAAUUGUCGCGAUACUCGCCAUCAUCCUAGUAUCGCUCGCUACCAAUUUACAAGAGAUCAACAGCGGUUCGGUUGGUGCUGGGCUGGUCAUGCUCAUGGGUCUAGGGGCUUCGAUGACGGCAGUGAUCAACUCUUAUACUGGUUUGGAAAUAGCACUUUGUGGGAUCAACCGACUGAAGGCGUUUGGUGAGACGACCGAGGGAGAAGACAAGCCUGGUGAAGAUGUUGUACCUGCUGUUGAGUGGCCGCCGAACGGAAUCAUCGCCAUCUCUGGCGUCGCAGCGAGCUACACGAAUGAUCCUGAUGCCCUGGUUCUAUCAGGGGUCGCGCUCGAUAUCAAGUCAGGCGAGAAGGUUGCUGUGUGCGGUAGGACUGGAAGUGGCAAGUCUUCACUCAUCAGUCUGAUUCUUCGCAUGAUUGACCCCCUCACUGCUCAUGGGCCACAACUUCCGUCGAUGGCUAUUGAUGGAACCCAUCUCGGGAACAUUAAUCGUACUGUCUUGCGUGAGAGAAUCAUCGCACUAUCACAAGACGCUGUGUUCCUCCCCGAAGGUAGCUCCUUCAAGGCGAACAUCGACCCUUGGAAUGAUGCUUCCCGUGAAGAGGCCAUGGACGCUCUCGCUGUGGUCGGAUUGCUUGACGUGUUGCAAGACAGAGGCGGUCUGGAUGCCCUGGUCAAGAACGCAGAGCUGAGUGCUGGCCAGAAACAAAUGUUCGCCUUGGGCCGCGCCAUCCUCCGUCGUCGCGUUCGAGCCAGGCAGAUGUCUGAGAAGGGAUUACCAGAGGGAGGCGUUUUGUUGCUGGAUGAGAUAACUGCCAGUGUGGACAAGGAGACGGAGAGGCGAAUGCUUGAACUUGUGUGGAGCGAAUUUGAGGACUACACCAUCCUAAUGGUCACACACAGCAUCCAGGCCGCCGUUCGCUGCGACCGGGUCGUCAUUAUGGAAAAGGGGAAGAUUGUGGAGGAUAAAGGAAGUGUAGCUUUGAUGCAGGAUGAAGGAAGUAAGUCCCGAGCGCUGGCUGGAUCGUUGGCUGACAGCUAA